UCCUCCAUUUCCACAGCUGGGGGUCUCUCCUGCUUCACCUGGACAGGUGUCCCCUCCCCCCGCAGCUCAUGAUGGAUACAGUGUCUGUGGAUGAGCUGAGGAGGCAUUUGGAUGAGGCUGGUCAGUCCCACCUCCUGCGCUUUUGGGAUGAACUCGCCCCUGAGGAGCGUCAGCGCUUCCUGGCCGAACUCUCCCAGCUGGACUCUGCCGAGCUGCGGGACCACUGCAGGAGGGCGGUGGAGGCGGCCCGCCGAGGCUCGGACCCCCAUGAGUGGCCGCCCCUGCGCAUGGAACCCGUUCCCCCGGAGGCCGUUGGCAGGGUGAAAGGGUGCGACAGGAGCACGCUGGAGGAGUGGGAACUCGAAGGGCUCUUGCAGAUUUCGCACGGCCACGUGGGGGCGCUGUUGCUGGCCGGAGGACAGGGCACUCGCCUUGGGGUCCCUUAUCCUAAGGGCAUGUUCAGCGUGGGGCUCCCCAGUGGAAAAACCCUGUACCAGAUCCAGGCGGAGCGCCUGAGGAGGGUGGAACAGCUGGCGGAGGCUCAGCACGGUACGAAGUGUACCAUACCAUGGUACAUAAUGACCAGUGAGUUCACCCUGGAGCCUACCAUGAGGUUCUUCAAAGACAACAGUUUUUUCAACCUUGACCCGUCCAGCGUGGUCAUGUUUGAGCAGAGGAUGAUCCCGGCUGUCGCGUUCGAUGGGAAGGUCAUCCUGGAGAAGAAGAACAAGAUCGCUAUGGCACCAGAUGGAAAUGGGGGUCUCUACCAGGCCCUCCUGGAAAACAAAAUCCUGGAGGACAUGGAGCGCAGAGGAGUGCAGUACCUUCAUGUUUACUGUGUCGACAAUAUUCUGGUCAAAAUGGCCGACCCGGUCUUCGUCGGUUUCUGUGUGAAGAAGGGGGCUGACUGUGGCGCUAAGGUGGUGGAGAAGGCGUAUGCUGCGGAGCCGGUGGGCGUGGUCUGCCGGGUGGAUGGGGUCUGCCAGGUAAUGGAGUACAGUGAGGUCCCGCCAGAGGUGGCCGAGCAACGUGGCCCUAGUGGCGAGCUGAUCUACAGCGCUGGAAACAUCUGCAACCACUUCUUCACCCUGGAGUUCCUUAGUGAGGUGUCCCAAAAGUUUCACAGAAAGCUGAAGCAGCACGUGGCCAUUAAAAAAGUCCCCUUUGUGGAUUUGGAGGGGAACCUAGUGAAACCGACCAAACCCAACGGAAUCAAGAUGGAGAAGUUUGUCUUUGAUGUUUUCCAGUUUUCCAGGAACUUUGUUAUGUUUGAGGUGGCGAGGGAGGAGGAGUUCUCUCCACUGAAGAACGCAGAUGGUGCUCCCCUCGACACACCCACCACAGCCAGGCGCUCCCUGCUUGCCCAGCAUUAUCGGUGGGUGCUGGGUGCUGGGGGCUCCUUCCGGAACACCCAGGGGGAACCCAUCAAGCCCAUACCCGGUGUGGGACUGGAUGAGGACCCCCCAGCCAUAUGUGAGAUCUCCCCAUUGGUCUCCUACUUUGGAGAGGGCCUUGAGCAGCUCCUCAGAGACAGGACCCUUACAUCCCCCUUCAUUCUGGACAACAAAGUGGCCAAGGAACUCCUGUGGGUUCAGUAGCUCCUCAUGCUCCUGACGUGACCCCCCUGCUCGUGUUGUCCUGCUGGAGAAGAGAUGUUUUCAAUAAUAAGGGAUUAUUACAUGGUGCUCAUGAAGAUGCCACACAUUUAUGUUUAUAUAGAAAAUAGUAGCUAUCUGUGAGCGACAAAUCGUCAGAAAUUCUGGUUCACGCUGAGGGAUGAAAGUGCAUGUUAAAAAUGAAGUGAGCAAGAUGGAAGGAGUUAAUUUUUCUCUGAUCCAAAACUCAAUAUUCAGUGUACUGCACUUUUCAGGUGUCUUCUUUCUAAGUAAUUCUCCUGUGCUUUUGUAUUGAGA